GGCCCAGGACAUUUGUUUGUAUAUACACGACGGUAUGUAAAAAUAUCAAUUGAAGACCGUUAGGUGGGUUAGGUUUUCACGAAAUCGCAACUCAUGAAAGUUACAGAGUCAGAUUACAAGUAACGCAUGGCGAAUUCUUCGGAUGUGUGAAUAUGAACCAAAAAAGCACUACUCCCUUGCUCAGACGCAUUUUAGUGAAUUGUGCUGCCCAGGCGGAUGAGUUAUUGUGCGAGUGGAGCAAAUGCAUAUGGGAGUGUUGAAACAAAGUAAUAACUUUUCCUUGGCUAUCUGUAAACUUCUAUGCUUGACUGAAAGGCAAAAGACUAUGGGAGUUGUGUAGCAGCGAAGGUUCCACAAGUUGAACGUGAUAUGUGUUUGAAAGAAUUCCUCGCUUUAAGGAAUUGCAUGCAGAACACGCUCAGAAGAAAAGUUUAAGGCUAUGGUCUUUAUUGGGAAAGGUUAAUUCUGAAUACUGCAAGCAUCACCAGUGGAUCUAGUUGCAGAAAAGGGUUCUUGCUCAUAAGCUUUGCUUGGGAUUCAUCUUCUGUCCUUCUUUCACUCUGCCAAUUCUUGUUUCAAGUAUCAAAGGCAAGGAGCCAAGAAACAUGUCUCGGAAAGCAUCAAGUUCUCACUCCAAUUCUGGUUUUAGUGGAUCUGGUGCUCUGUCUCAUGUUUAUAUUGAAUAUCCACCUUUAAGAUGUAAUAUUCGGGGAGCAAGAGGUUUAUUUUAUGAUGAUGGAAAUAAGUUAUUAGUCUCACCUACAUCCGAUCAGGUCUUUUCAUGGAAAACUUCCCCAUUCUCUCCUCUUGUUGCUCCCACCUCGGAUUCAGUAUGCGAAGGGCCAGUUCUAUCAGUUCGAUUUUCUUUAGAUGCAAAAGUUUUAGCUAUCCAACGAUCAAACCAUGAUAUUCAAUUUUGGAAUAGGGAAACUGGGAACACUUUUAGUCAGAAGUACAGGUCUGAUUCCGAGAGCAUCCUCGGUUUUUUUUGGACUGAUUGCCCUACUUGUGAUAUUGUAUUUGUAAAGACCAGUGGUCUUGAUUUGUUCACUCUCGACUCCGAGUUAAAAUCACUGCUUUUGGUUGAGACAAAGAGAUUUAACGUGAGCUGGUAUGUCUAUACGCAUGAAAGUCGCUUACUUCUUCUUGCUUCGGGAAUGCAAUGCAAGAGUUUCAUUGGAUAUCAGCUUUCAGCCGCAGGGAUUAUUCGCUUGCCAAGGUUUGAGAUGGCAAUGGCUAAAUCUGAGGCUAACAGUAAGCCAGUCCUAGCUGCUGAAGAUGUUCACAUUGUCACCAUUUAUGGUAGAAUAUAUUGCUUGCAAGUUGAUAGAGUUGCAAUGCUACUCCACUCACAUAGGUUUUACCGAGAUGCUGUUGUGCAACAGGGUUCAUUGCCAAUUUAUUCAAGCAAGAUUGCUGUGAGUGUAGUUGAUAAUGUUUUGCUUGUCCACGAAGUGGAUGCGAAAGUUGUCAUACUGUACGACAUAUUUUCUGAUUCCCGAGCACCUAUAUCUGCUCCACUUCCACUCUUGUUGAGAAGUUAUCCACGGGCCAUUACUGCAUCCUCUCAAUCAAAUACUAGGGAUGCUGAGACUUCAGAGGCAAAAGAUUCAAGUGAUAUUGAAGCAGUCAUCUAUGGUGAUGGCUGGACUUUUCUUGUUCCUGAUCUUAUCUGUGAUGCUGCUAAUGGGCUUUUGUGGAAGAUCCAUCUGGAUUUAGAGGCUAUUUCUACCAGUAGCUCAGAAGUGACAUCAGUUCUAGAAUUCUUGCAGCGACGUAAGUUGGAGGCUUAUAAGGCUAAACAAUUAUGCUUAGCAAUAGCUCGCACUAAUAUUCUAGAACGAAGACCAGUGUCCAUGGUUGCUAGGGCAAUAGAUAUAUUAGUGACCUCUUACUCCUAUUCACUCAAAACGGGAAGUCAUUUCAAGGGUAUGAAAGCAGAGAAGAAUUCAACUUCUGGUGUUCCGCAAGUGGAUAGCCCCAGUCCUGUUACAGUUGAUUCCGCCAGUAGAGUAGAUUCUCAUGGAAAAUCUGUACAUGAAUCCGCUAGUGGAGUGCAUAAUGAGUCUAUCAGUAGAUCUUCAACUUUCUCGGGGUCAGAUUCUGAGGAUAAUGAAAUCAUUAAACCUCAGAAAACCACUCCAGUUGAUCGGCAUUCUGUGGGUGGUAAAGGGGAGAGUGAAAUGCAGAUGGGUCCUGAAAGCCAUAGUAAGAGAUUCCAUCAAUCACCUUUACAAUCUCAACUUCUUGGACCAGGUAACAACCAGUUGAAUGCAAAUGUUACCAACCAUCAGGAGUCUCAGGUUACUUCUGCAGCGAUUUCUCCAGACGAAAUGUACAGUUAUGUAUUCGCUCCUGUAGAGGAGGAGAUUGGAGACUCUUCUUACUUAGUUGCAAUCAUUGUUGAGUUCCUCCGCAGUGCUAACUCGGAAAAGAUCAAGGUGAAUCCAAAUAUUUAUGUGUUGACCAUACAACUGCUUGCCCGCAAUGAGAGAUAUACAGAAUUGGGGCUGUUCGUGAUAAACAAGAUUCUUGAACCCUCGAAAGAAGUUGCUUUGCAACUACUGGAGUCAGGUCGUCAGAAUAUCCAAACAAGAAAGUUGGGUCUGGAUAUGUUAAGGCAGCUCUCCCUACAUCAUGACUAUGUUUGUUUGCUAGUUCAGGAUGGGUACUAUCUUGAAGCUUUACGCUAUGCACGGAAGAACAAGGUUAAUUCAGUCCGGCCGUCAUUGUUUCUUGAAGCAGCUUAUGCUUCUAAUGACUCGCAACAUCUAGCUGCAGUUUUGAGAUUCUUUUCAGAUUUUAUUCCCGAGUUUAAAAGCACGUCAGAUCACAACUCAUACAGCCGUGUUCUUGCUGAGAUGAAUUCCUCCGUUGCUGGUUGAGACGUUCCUUCUGUUGUGCCUGCGUCGGCUGCUGUUCGUAAUGUGUCGAAUUUCAAGUCUUUUUUCCUGAAAUGUGUGGCGCCAUUAAGGUUUUUAGACACUAUGGUAGGAAAUAUAGAACGAGUAUUGCUUUUUUGCUCCGGAAUAAUGUGGAAUACUUCUCAUAGUUGUACUUUGGAGUUGGAUGGAAAUUCUGGCUUGUUAUUAGGCAUAAAAGAGAAGAAUUAUGGAGGGUGUUCCAAGUGAACGUUCACACGUUGUCUGUGUUUUCUCCCUUGUUUUUGGCUUCUUAACCAUCUGAUUUCUUUAUGUUUCAUGCUUCUGGUUGUAAAUAUUUCAUCAAGUUCCUGUCAGAAAGUACUCUUUGGUAUGUAAUGUUGUAUUAUUCGAAUUUACCAAGAACUAUGAAUUUAACUUGUCAUUAUGCAUCAAA